ACAAAAAAGAGCUCGUUUGACAUCCGAUCCAGAAAAGAAAACUGAGAUGAAGAUGGAGAAUUUUAAACGAAAUAACGAUCCCUGGUUGCCUCUUGAUGAGGAUUUAACGACACUCCAAAAUCUUGCAAUAAAUCCGAUCCCUGCUAAUCCUUUACACCAGAUGAUUGACUCAGAAAAAUAUAUACAAUCUCUCGGUACGAAAUAUGAAAAUAUUAUUUAUUAUAAAUUUAUAAAUUAUAUAAUAUAUUUAUUGAAUUAUUGUUAUUAUAUUCAAAUUAUUUAUUUUAUUACAUUGUUAUAUUACUAUUUAAUAACUAUCAAAUACUAAUUAAUAAUUAACUCAAUUAUAAAUCACUACUACAAAGGCUACUAUUGCUCACUACUUUUAAGACAGCAGUAUAACUUUCAGUAGGGACUAUACAUUACAAUAAAUAUGAUUAUGAUACUGAUAUGGUGUAAUAGAAUAUAUAAUUUUAAUAUAAAUCUAGGCCAUUGGUUCUGAAAGUGGGCGGUACCAGCCCCUCAUAGGGUGGUGAUAUUGCUGAUUUGGGAGGGGGUUGUGUGUUUGUUAAAAUGCUCUGUAGAUUUAUGGGGCGAGGAUGAGCUAGGAUUACUCAAGGAGUUGGUGGUGGAUUAUAUGAGAAAAGAUUUUUAUAAUUGUUCGCUGGACUUUCCCCUGUUCUACUGUGUUUAGCAUUACAUUUUUUUUUACACUCUGCCAUUUUUGUGGCCAUGACACCACAUGUGAAAAUAUAAUGUAGUGCAAAAAACAGCCUCCUUGAAAAUCAACACACUUCUUAGGAAAGAAACGUAAAAAUAUUUUUUAAAAUUGUGCAAAUUUUAUUACAUUUUUUUUGGUGCGAAAAACCUUGAAGUAAACAAUCUACAACUCUGCCAAACCUGAAUGCUAAGUCAUUAUCCCUAACUCAAGUGUAAUUUUACCCCUAAAUUUAGUACCCCCAACUCAAGUGUAAAUUGAACCCCUAAAUUAAGUCCCCCUAACAUAGUGUUUGGUGACAUGGCUGAAAUCUUCAAACUUAAAAUUGAUGAUUUAAAGGCUAACCUGAACCCUUAAAUCAUGUUUUUGUGUGCGUCUGUUACACACUACAGAGAAAAUUGCAAAUUUGAAUAAAAUGAUUAAAAUAAUAUUUUAAAUAUUCAAAAGAAUGAUAACCCAACUUACAGUUUCAUCAAAUACACUAUUAUACACUUUAUAAAUCCAAAAUAUGUUAGAAAAGUCAAAAUCCAUUUUUACAAAAUGAUCUGAUGAUAACCCUGUCAAAAUGGAUGACCCAUUCAAAAUAAAAUGGCCUUGUUUUGAUUUGAAAUAUUAUAAUUAACCACCCUAUGAAAUAUUAAUUUUAAAAGUCUAUCAAUCAAAAACAUUCCAUAAGCGUAUAUAUAUAUAUAUAUAUAUUUCUAUAUCAAGAGAAACAAUCCCCGACUAAAAAAGGGAGGUGUUUCAUCAGAAUCUGGAGUGAAAUGUCAAGCUUACAUUGUCUAAUAUUUUUAAAAAAAAAUUAAAAUUAUAAAAUUAUAAAUUAUAUAUAACCUUUGAAAAGAGAUUAAAUGCAUUUAUAUUUAUCAGCCUUGAAAAAGAGAUUAGUCAGAGAUAACUUUUCCCCACAUUUUAAUUUUUGAAAACUUUUGAUAUUUCAAACAGUACAAAUGGAUGAAAUAAAUAUACAGGAUUAGUAAUAAUUUAAGACCUUCCUAAACAUAAUUGGAUGCAGAAAUAAAUCAAAUCAUUAUGCUUAUCUAAUCUGGGGAUAUAAAUAACAUUUAAUUGUUAUGAAUGUCAGUUUUUACGCAAGAAAAUAUGUAUAUUAUCUAUGACAAAGUCUUGUCAGAGAUGGUUACCAUCAUGCUAAAGAAGUGGAAUCUAACGCCUAAUAAUUCUAUUAUGACUUGCUUUGCAUUAACUUUAUUAGGUCUUGGCUCAUUAUGUAAAUUUUUUGUUAUGUAAGGUAGAACUUAUAAGAUAAGAUUCUUUAUUGAUACAAAUAAAUGUAAUUUUUUAAAAUUACAUGAACAUAUUCAUUUUCAGCACAUAAAAUAAUAUUUUAAAAAGAAAACAUUUUACAAUUAUCACAGUUUAUACACAAGACAUAAAUUAUUUCUCUAGCAUAGAAAUCAGCCAUCAUAAGUACUUAUCACAAUUCUAUGCUAAAAAAUUGUGGUAUUGAUGGAAUGAUAAAAAAUAAAAAGCUUUCUUUAUAUUGUGAUUACAAGUUCACCUUGAUACAUUUUUUAUUGCGUUGUUAUUUUUCUCAGAGUUGUGCAAACUGCUGUCCUGAAUUAACUUGAGAGGGCCCUAGGGAUAAAUUUAUAGUGCCAAGGGGGUCGUUGGCUGAAAAAAAAUUGAGAAGCACUGCACAAAUCUAUGCUCAGUAUAGUAUUACUUGGCUAUACUAGUUCGAGCGGCCUGUUUAUAGUUUUAUAUAGUACUGUACCUAGUAAAUUUUUGGUCUUGUAGUAUACUAGUCUGUAAACCAAGUUUACCAAGUUAAGACUUGUACUUAUAAGUUUAAGUUAUAACUCAUAAGUAUAAGUAGAAGGUAAAAAAAAAGGUCUAAAAAUAAUAAAUUGAGACACAAUAAGUACUAGACUUGUGUAGUAAAUGAAUCAUCUAAUAUAAUAGUUUAGUAGUGGUAUAAUUUAUAAGUAGGCCUAGAUGGUAUAAAUCAGUGUUUCCCAGUUCGGUGACAGGUUUCUAUUCUGGAGAUUUAUCUCUAUUUAACUCUUAUGCCAGAUUCUUUGGGUCUUUGAAAAUUCAAUUUUUGUCUUUCAUGGGCUGUUUAAAUGUGUAGCAUUAAUAAUUGUCUUAUUGUAAUAUUCUGUGCUAAAAUUCUAAUUAAAAUAAUUUUUGAAAUAAGGCUAAUUGGGUUACUAACUUUCAGCAAAAGCUACGGCAUUGCCUACUUGAGAUUAACAUAUGUUAUAACAUUUAUAAAGGAGUUUAUUUACCAUCCACAACUUCAUAUUAUGCACUAAGGGUAUGUAAUCAUAGAAUUGAAUCAGUUAUUUUCUGGUAAACUAUAUUGAUUAUAUUUCAGAACAAAAGCUCAAAAAAAUUUCCAAGGCGAGACAAGGGGAGCCCACUUCACAUGAAAUCAUAUCGUCCCUGGCUCUGUUCCACGAUGAUCAAAUGAGACGCUACAUAGACGACACAAACAUCAACAGUUUUACUUCAACUGGCACUUCCGCCAAUGAUGAGCCUACCACACCGCUGGCCUUUAUGCAAAGAAAACUACACCCAGAAAAACAGCCUUUGAAUGCUGAAGAAAUUCUUGAACUCGUCAAGGAAGAUAUUUUGGACAAAACUUUUGAGGAAAUACUAGAGAAGAAAAAUGGGGACUCCUCUCGUAUGGCAUCCAGUGGCUCAACUCUGCAGCUUACAGAGGUGACACAAGCAGAUGCCAAGAGUUCUAGAGACACAAGAGUACCUCUAAGAGAUGGGACACAAUUUUAUUCAGGGACUUCUAGGAACCCAUCAAAUUCUGAGUGCUCUUCUCAGGAAGAAAAGAUCAUUACAAUAAAUGACAGUCUUUCUGCCGUUAUAUUAAACUCAGCUACUACUACUGCUACUACUGCUACUGCUACUACUGCUACUGCUACUACUGCUACUACUACUGCUACUACUAUAGAUGAAAACUGGGCAUCCUUUGAGGACAUGAACUCUCAAAUAACGACAGAUAGUGCAGAUAUUUCCUGAUGAUGGAGCUGAGAUUCAUUUGAUAACAUUCCUCUUUUACUCUUCAUGUUGGAGCUGAUGCCAAAAAUUUAUGUUCUCAUUCUCAUUCAAUUGUCAGACUGGUUCACUGCCAAAAGGCCUGCUGGAACACUUUGUAUGGCAAUAUAACAUAUUUAGACAAAGGUUUCAGUUACAUAAAUUUAAAAAAACCCUAUGUGGGUUUUCUUAAAUUUUGGAUUCUGCUAAAUAAUAAAAAAUCCCUAUACACCAGUAUUGGAUGUCUAAAAAAAAUUGGUUAUUUGGUGUUUUAUUUCUAGCAUACCAUGCAUGAUUAUAGUAAUUACAUGUAUACCCUGUGGUAGUCCCUGCACUCAUUUUGUAAACCCCUGCUUGAAACAUUUUAACUUUACUAUUGUGUUACGUGCAGCCAUUAGUUUUUAAAAGGUUAAUGUUGUUUUAAAGUGGCUGGUUUACAAACGGUGCAUAAGUAAAGGACAGCACCAUUAAAUGAUUAAUCACAACAAAGAAAGGAGGUUACACACAUACAAAUAUAUGGAAAUGAAAGCUCCUGUAACUUACAACAUGUGAAUACAUAGAAAUGUACAAAUAUUAAUACACACACACACACAAUGAUACUCGUGUACCGGUAAGGCUCCUGUAGCAGUUGUCUCACUUAUAUCUUGUAUGUGUACCUUAUUUAUAGCCGGAGGGGGGGGGGAGAAGUUUUUAGAAUUGAACCUUCAGUCUAGAAGGGGAAGGAAGAAUUAUCCAUCUCUAUUUAGAAGCUUCUAGUAAGUUAAAGAGCAGCUUAAAGGAUAACCCGUGCUAAAAUAAGGACAAGUUAAUUGGUUUCCGCAGCUAUAAAAACAUAGGAGAGUUAGCUCUAUGAUACAACUCCACGUUGAACAAAAAUUGAGGUCAUCAAGGUCUACACCCAGGGCUGGGCUAUAACAAUUGGUAAUUUAUAUGACUUGAACUUGCCAAGUAUAUGUAAAGUACAAGUGUAUUUAUUUUGUUUAGUUCGCGAUGUUUAAUAAAAUAUGCAAUAAAUCUUUAAAAAUUUU